CUUUCCUAUCACAAUCAACCCUACGGCGAUAAGCUGUGAACCCGUCUGUAAACUGCUGUGUCGAAAUCAGCAUCCUGAAUUAUGGCUGGGGCAGACGAGGACGAGCGGCCUCCUGAGAGCGACGAGGGUGAGGAAGAGCUGGAUGAGACUGACUAUAAAACCCAGAAAGAUGCGGUGCUGUUUGCAAUUGAUGUUAGCGCCUCAAUGCUCCAGGAGCCAGCAUCUGCCGGGCAGAAGAAGGCAGAAAAGGAUUCGGCCAUUGCAGCAGCCCUGAAAUGCGCCUAUCAGUUUAUGCAGCAGCGCAUCAUUGCGCAACCGAGAGAUAUGAUGGGAAUCCUUCUCUUUGGCACAGAAAAGUCAAAGUUUCGUGAUGAGUCUGGCGGGCGAAGCGGGACUGGCUAUCCACACUGCUACCUCUUCACCGAUCUCGACGUCCCCGCCGCCGAAGACGUCAAGAAAUUGAAGGCACUAGUGGAGGAAGGAGAAGACCCGGAUGGGGUGCUCGUUCCGGCCAAGGAGCCUGUCUCAAUGGCCAAUGUGCUCUUUUGUGCCAAUCAAGUUUUUACUACGAACGCCUCGAACUUCGGCUCUCGACGGUUGUUCAUCAUCACGGAUAAUGAUAGCCCGCAUGGCAAGGACAAUACCGCAAAAUCAUCGGCGGCUGUCCGUGCCAAAGACCUCUACGAUCUGGGUGUUGUCAUUGAGCUGUUCCCCAUCAGCCAUGGAAGCAAACCCUUCGAUAUAUCAAAGUUCUAUGACGACAUCAUCUACCGGGAUCCAACAGCCGAGGAGGGUUCGCCAGACGUGGUCAAGACCUCUAGUUCAGGCGAUGGCCUAUCGUUACUGAACUCCUUGAUAUCCAAUAUAAACUCUAAACAAACGCCGAAGAGGGCAUAUUUCUCCAACCUUCAUUUCGAGCUUGCCCCGGGCCUCACAAUAUCAGUCAAAGGCUACAUGCCUCUUCAUCGUCAACAACCUGCUCGCACCUGUUAUGUCUGGCUUGGCGGAGAGAAAGCCCAACUCGCCCAGUCCGAGACAAUCAAGGUGGAUUCGGCGACAAGGACCGUCGACAAAUCCGAAAUCAAGAAAGCAUACAAACUCGGCGGCGAGUACAUCCAUUUCAAGCCAGAGGAAGCAGCGGCCCUGAAGAGCAGCAUGGGGGGCAAAGUACUGCGUAUCAUCGGGUUUAAACCGCGGUCGAUGCUGCCCAUGUGGGCCUCAGUCAAAAAGUCAAUCUUCAUCUUUCCCAGCGAGGAGCACUACGUCGGCUCAACCCGUGUGUUCUCCGCUCUAUGGCAGAAACUGCUCAAGGAUGACAAGGUUGGCAUCGCGUGGUUCGUUGCGCGAGAGAAUGCAAACCCGGUGAUGGUGGCCAUUAUCCCCUCCAGGAAUCCAAACGGAGAGACACAAUACCUCCCAACUGGGCUCUGGCUGUACCCGUUGCCCUUCGCCGACGAUGUCAGGAAUGUGGAUCUGGCAGCACCACCUAGGCCUGCGGACGAGCUCACUGACAAAAUGAGGGAGAUUGUUCAGAACCUCCAGCUUCCAAAGGCAAUGUACAACCCGCUCAAGUACCCGAAUCCUUCGCUACAGUGGCAUUACAAAAUCCUGCAGGCUAUGGCGCUCGAUGAGGACACGCCCGAUAGCUUAGAGGACCCAACAAUUCCGAAAUACAGACAGAUUGAUAAGAGGGUUGGAGGUUAUAUGGCCGAGUGGAAGGAACUGCUGGAGGAAAAGGCCAGGGAACUUAUGAAGAGCAGAGCAACGAAGCGAGAGGCAGAGGAUGACGAUGAUGGCAGGCUUGCGAAGCGCUCUAAGCCUGCGGCGGCAAAGAAGGCAGGAGGGCAGAUGAGUAAUGCGCAGCUCAAACUUGCCUAUGAGCAGGAUACGCUCAAGAAGAUGACGGUUGCCGAGUUGAAGGAUAUAAUGGUGAUCAAGGGCCUGAGCACGGCAGGGAAGAAGGCCGAUUUGCUUGAAAGACUGGGAGAAUGGAUUGAGGAAAAUGCUUGAGUUGAAGGGGAUCAGCCUAUUCUUUCUGUACUAUAGGGGCUAUGGCUGCAGCGCAGUUUUGGAACCGUGGUCUGAAAACGUCUUGUAUGGGCGCCAUCUGAAGUCGUUACUUGCGCAUCACCUUCUUGGCCGUUACUCGAACAAUGCUACUCCGUCCUCCU